AUGCUGCUAGCAACGUGGUCAGCAUGUGCCAUUAUCGCCUUUGCGGCCAUCGCUAGUGCCCAGAACGUGCCAGAAUGUGCGGCCAAUUGUCUUGCCGAGAGUGUCAAGAAUUUAACAUACUCCCGAAAUGCCACGGCUACCCUCUGCCACUGGCCGGUCCGGGACAAAAGUCUUGUCGCUCCCAUCGCAACAGCCGUUACCGGUGCCCUGGCUCUUGCGUUUAUCAGCAUCAGAGUAGGUGACUGUAUUGCUAAGAAGGAGUCCAAGUGGGCCGAUCUGUGCGCGGUCCUUGCAUUUGUGAGUGCAACACCGUUGAUGGGCUCGGGGAUGGGAAAGGACGUUUGGACGUUGACGGAAGAGCAAAUCACAAACAUGGGGAAGGCAAGUACCAGAGGCAAUAGCGUUCCAGAUGGGAGAACUGACAAAAUUCGUGGACAGUAG